UCAGUUUGAUGAUCGUAGCCACCUGGACACUUCCACUGGUGUGAUGACGAUCAGCGGACUGUUAUAUGAGGACAGCAACAGCUACACACCCGAGAUCAACAACAGGCGACUCUCUCCAGUUCGCCUCGUCGUCCUCUCUCCCGUCCCUGCACCCAGUGUUAACAAAUCCUGUGAUGAGAGCAAAUGUGACUUGAUCUGUGAAGGAAACACAGCCAGAGCCACUCCAGUCAACUACACGUGGAAGUCAGAUGAUCCUCGGAUGCAUGUUUCAUCUGGGAGACAAUAUACUGUUUAUAAGUCCCAGAUAAACAGUUUAAGCAGUUAUGAGGUCAGCUGUGAGAUACAAAACCCAAUCAGCAAGGAGAGAAGUGAACCGAUCACCAUCUCUUCAGACUCAUUCUCUUCAUCUGGAGGAGGUCCAAACAUUUCCAUGGGAGUUACAGUGCUUGUGGUGUUUUCUACAGUGACUGGGAUAAUGACUUAUUCCUUUUAGAUUUUGUAUCACAAACAAAAUAAGAGAAUUACAUUUGAAAAUACUAGAUAACAUUGUGACAAAGUGGGUGAGAACACCGUUUGUCUAUAUUCUUGGUUAACAUUCUUGUUUUGAUUUAACCAUAUUUCACAUGUAAUCUGCAAUAGAAUAAAGCUUUGAUUGAUUGAUU